AUGGCUGUACUCACAAUUGCAUUAUUAUUAGGAACCUUCCAAAAAUCAUUAGACAUUGGAAUACAGUUGUCAAAUUUUGAAAACCUAAAGGCCAUAUCUACGUUCCGGAUUAUUGAACUGUCUCAUCACGUUAAAUUUAAGAAAGUAAUCACAUUACGAAUGCUUGGUGUUUUUGAUGUCGAUCUGCUACCACAGGAGCUUCCACAUACAACUAUAACAUCAUGUCUUUGCAGUGGUGCUGUUUUUACAGGUUCUCAACGAUCCAAGGGUAAGAAGUAUAACGUGGAAGUAACUAUACAAUAUGUCGAUAUGAAGCAAAAAAUGGUGUACGGUUUUAUGAAAAUUGAGAAUUUGACUCAAGAGUAUCCAAGUCUGACCACAUAUUUCGAAGGAGAAAUAAUAAGUAGACUACACCCAUUCAUGACAGGUAAAUGGGAUGCGACAAUGGAAACAGAUGUUUUACAUUGGGAAAAAAUACCAGCAACCAGUUCUCUUGGGAACUUUCAUAUAGAUAGCUUCGACUAUUCUAUUUUAGAAACAUCCGACACAAUAUUUAUGAGGUGGAAAGAAAAGUUCAUUGUUCCAGAUCCCGGUUUGAAACAUAUAGAAGGAGCGUCAUUCGCUGGAUUUUAUUAUAUCGGAUUACAAAAAUCUAUUGGACAUGUUCUAGGCUAUUACUAUCAUCUUAACUCAGAAAUGUUUCAAUCUCUCGAACUAAAGUACAAACCAGAAAGUACGCCAUCUAUAUUUCAGCUGCGUUAAGAAUGUCCAGUAUUAUGUGUUGGCUUGUGAAAUAGGAGUGUUUUACCUUACCACUUGAUUUCAUUAAUUUGCUAGACAGGAUGUAACGCUCACUUUUUUUUCCAGAGUACCUACAACUGUAUCUAAGCGGUAUUUCGUAUUUUCAAACAGUGCCUAAUUGUUGAUACUAUAUUCAUACUAAUAUCUCUUAAUGUACAGCUUUUAGUAUUUGUCACAAAAUUCACUUAGUCACUUGUAAAAAUGUAGUUGUAUUUUAUUCUUUUUGUAAUAAUCAAUGAUUAAGAUUAAUACUCAUCGCUUGUUCUCUAUGUUUUCAAUAACAGGCUACUGUGUGAUUGAUCAUAUGAAAUUAUAUGGAUUAUUUUCCAAACCCAAAGGAUAGCAGAUGCAUCUAUCUAAAAAUUUGAUCAAAAAAUCAGUCCUUGUCAUUCAUAAAAAGUAUCGACUGUAGUAAAAACUUAUAAAAUGAUCUUACAUAUAGCCAUUCAUUUUCUGAACAUCAGGUGAUAAGAGAGGAUAAGGAUAUGCGGUGUAGAAACCUUUCGCUACAACCUCAAUUACGUGUAUAUUGAGAAAUGUACAUUUCUGAGAUACUCAAAACAUUAUGCAAUAAAAGUA